CGGAACGGACCGUCCUGGCGCUAGUGCGAUCAUACUCGCCUCUGUCAUAGGCAACAACUUCGGUUUCUCUAGGUCCCAAGCACGUGCCUUUCGUUGCAGUGAGUUCCACGUGCUAAUCGAGCGAUAUUUCGGGAGCUGUGGAUUAGCAGUACACUCCGCCGUGCCAGCUUAGUGUCGGAUACUAGUUGAGAGUGCCACUGGGCUCUUAGGUUAGAAGUAAGACUUCUCGCUCGAACGACCGAGCGAUCGAAAGUGAGAGUGAGCGGCUUCCAGAAGACCCCAAAAAGGCGCGAGUGAGCCGUUGAUUUGAAAGCAAUUUAUAAAAGUGUUAUUCCGCAUUUUAGCACCUCUUAGUACCGUAUGGACUGUUGAUACAGAAUGAAGUGGAUUAUCGUGCUAGUGGCGCUAGUGUCACUCCUGACACUGCAAGCGACCGCCGCCAAUGAGAAGAAGUCCGAGAAACGACCAACUAAGAAAGCUUCGUCAGCGAAGCCCACCAAGACACCAAAAUCUAUCGUCGAAGAGUUCACCGGUUUGCCGCCGGAGGAUGUCGAUUUUAUCAAAGAGCUGGACCGACAAUUCAAUGAACAUGGCAACAAGAUCCGCAUCAAGGUCCAACGUGACAACAGCACUGGUGCAAAAAGUGCUAAACGUACUAUAGACGGUGACCUGGGAUAUGGUCACUACAGCAAUCAACCUGACGGAGGAUAUCAUUUUUCCAAACCGAAAUACAUGUUAUAUCCUUACGCCCAGCAUAAUGUGCCGGUAAAAGCAACACAUACCAACGAUGAAACUGUUACGGAACUCGAGAUCACGCCCUCGCAUAGUUACGAACUCAAACCAAUAGAAGAAGUGUACCAAAUAUAUCCAUCCGGAGCCUACCAGCAAUCAUCUCGAGAGCAAUACUACCAUGACCAGCAACAACGGCAUCAUCAGCAACAAGAGGAUUCCCCGGUAAUCGUUUUAAAGAUUCCUGGACCAGCAAAAUAUGCGCAGCAUCUUCAAGCUUUGCUGCAACAGUAUCUGGAGAUUCGCGCUGCACAAUUAUACAAAGAAAUCCAAGAACAAGAAUUCCAAAAUCAGCAGCAUUCCAUUCAACUGCAACAGCAACAUUUAAUACAGCAACAACAGCAUUACCAUCAUCAACCACAACAGCAAUAUCAACACCAGCAACACCACCAUCAGCAUCAACAUCAAGCGCAACAUGAAACCAUCAAAUACAGCCAGCCAGACCCCUAUCAGCCACAGCCACAGGAAGUGUAUGUGCCUGCGUACAAGUCCCCAUCCUAUGCUCAAAGUCACUAUUAUGGAUCCCACAAAAAACGCCCCACGCGACCAUCGUACCACAAGACGACUCCAACGCAUUUCAUCUAUACCUCGACCCAUCCUGAACAUCAAGCGUACCAGUACGGAACAUAUCAUCAAGGGCGUGAAAACCCCGACCAUCAAGUUCAAAUACAAUACCAAUAUGUGCCCCAAACGCAACCCUCUGCACCCGAAGAACUUCACCAAGAAUACGUAUAUCAGAAACCUGUAGCCAACUUUGUUACUCCUGUUCCCGAUCACGAAGAGCACCAGGAGUAUCAAUAUCAACAACCUCCGAAGUAUCAAAACUUCGCACAGUAUCAUGCACACCAUCAGCCGCCACAACAUGAGGCCGAAGAGUAUCUACCGGAGCCAAAGCUGGUGGAGAACUAUCCCAGUGAUAAACACACAAGAGUAGUGUACAAAUCGCAAGCUUUGAAAGCUCAACUACAACAUGAAGCCUCUCACGACCCAGAAGACUACGAAAUACAUCAUCACCAUCAUGAGCAACAAGAACACACAGAAGAUCAGGAGCAACAGCAGUAUAUUUACCAAACGAUCUACUCCGGACAAGGCAUGGAAGAUAAAUCCUUCGUCGAUCCGGUAACCCCUGAAGCCAUCAAUGACCUGCACGGCCAGGGAUCGACACCUGUACCGGAAAUUGAACCUCGCUUUAAUACCGAAGCUGUAGUGUCGAUAACCCAAAAACCGAAGCGCCUCUACAACUAUCACGCCAACUCAGCUCGUUCUCACGCAGGCCACCGAAGGUCGGCUGCCAGCAGUAAGAGCGAAAGCGGCACUACGGACCAAGAGCCCAAGAGUAGCAGCAGCAGCAGCAGCAGUGGUUCGAAGGCUUCUUCUAACAAGCGGGAUGCUCCCUAUACCGAAGAGCAAUUCAAGAAGAUCAACAAAAUGGUGCACCGAAUUAAGAAGAAAAGUCAAAGCAUACCGACAACCGCACGAAGUGCGGUGAGCACAACAAAAUCAACCUGAGCAAUCAGAGGCCGCACCAUAGGAAAAACCAUUUGUAUGUAGUCCCCAGAACCAGUUGAUAGGAAUGUUUAUUUAAUUUGUUUAGUUGUUUAUUAAGUUCGCGAAAGCUAAGCAGAAAUCAGAAACUAUAGCGUUUAGUGGAUUCGUCCCUACUGAGGAUGCCGCCAUAUUGUGAGUUUCGAAUUUAAUUCUGUUUAAAAUGACGGUAGGACAAGUAGAAUGACAGUUACGCUCGCUUCCCGCUUGUUGGAGAGUCGAUACUAGGCUUUGUUAGAAAAUUUGCCAGCGAAAAACCGCGUGUCUACGUGAGUGAAGUUGACGCUCGCAUAACGAUGGUCUCUCAUUUAGCGACACUGUUAUUUUUUCAGCAUAAAUAGUCAUAUUUUUAUACGAAUAUGUAGGUCAGCAGUUGAUGAACUGUAGAUACAGUA